AUGGCUUCUACUGCUCUCUCAAGCGCCAUCGUCGGAACUUCAUUCAUCCGUCGUUCAACAGCUCCCAUCAGCCUUCGUUCCCUUCCAUUAGCCAACACACAAUCCCUCUUUGGUCUCAAAUCAGGCACUGCCCGUGGUGGACGUGUCACAGCCAUGGCUACAUACAAGGUCAAGUUCAUAACCCCUGAAGGUGAGCAAGUUGUUGAGUGUGACGACGACAUUUACGUUCUUGAUGCCGCUGAGGAAGCUGGAAUCGACUUGCCUUACUCUUGCCGUGCUGGUUCUUGUUCGAGCUGCGCUGGUAAA